UAUGAAUAUCGAUUAAAAUGAACCAAAACCCUAACUUAAUGAAAUUUAAUUUGUAAGAACAGUUUAUUCAGGAGAAAAUACUGAGCUUAUCGCAAAGAUUUUAACAGAAGCUUUUGGGGUAGAUUAUAAUAAAUUAUAUAGAUAAAAAAUGGAUUCUACAAAGAAUUAAAUUUAGAAUAUGAUCAAUUGUAUGAGGAAUUUAGGUCUUUCCUAAUAAAUCGUACAUAUAAAUGGGUAUUAGUCUAUUAUGAGAAAGAAUCAUAUGAAAAAAAUACCUAGGAUAUAAUAGCUGUAGUUUCUUACACUGACAUUAAUGAUGUUAGAUUAACAGAAUAAUAAUUAUCUAUAAAAGAUUUCAAUAUUAUUCCCAAACUGAGUCUAGUCAGAUAGUAUGUUCGUUACAAGGCUUUAAAGGACUAUUUUGAUAGAUAUAACCCAAACUUGGGAGAAUGUUUUGUUAUUGGAACUUUUGGAUUUUCAUCUAAAUAUAUGGGGGCAAAGCAUUCUUUGAAAAUAUUCCUUGACUCCAUCGAAUUCAUGUAUUCAUAAGGAUUUAAAUUUGGCUUUGGAUGGACAGAAAAUGAUAUUGCUAAAAAUUUAUAUGAUAAAAAUGUAAAUGUUUGGAAAGAAGAAUAACUAUUAACAGAUAUUUAUGUGGAAGAAACCAAGACUUAUCCUUACUAGGAUAAUAAAUUUAAGAAGGCCCUCUAUUUAGGUGAUGUAGGUAAAUCUAUUAUUCAAUUAAGAAAAAUUUUGGGAUACCCUUAAAAUUUACCAACGAUUGAAAAAAUUGAAUGA